AUGGCUGAGGACUCUAAAAAUCAGUUCAUCACUAGUGAGUACCUCCAAAAUCUCAUGAUGGAGGAAAUCAAUGACCCAAUGGUGGCUUGUGUUGAGGCAAAGAUGCAAGCUCGGAUUGAAGCUAAACUUCAAGCUCGGGCAGGUAGCAGCAGCAACUCUCGAAGGUACAUUAAUAGGGAUUAUGAAGCCGGCCAUGCAAAAUUAGUUACUGAAUACUUUGCUGAGAAUCCAUUGUACACUGAUUACCAAUUUCGUAGAAGAUUUUGGAUGAGAAAGCACAUAUUUUUGCAAAUUGUUGAAGCAUUAGAAAAUUGGUCCCCGUAUUUUCAGUUAAGAAGAGAUGCAUUCGGUAAGGUUAGCACUGCAAUCACAGAGGAGGGAGCAGCUGUUUCAUGCGCAUAUCCACAGACAAGCGAGGAAGAGAGACAAACCCAUGCAGGCCAGGCAGCAGACUGGGAUGCGUAUGUCCAAUACGCGGCGCGGGGCCGUAGAGGUACUCGGAGCAGACCAUGGCGCCGUGAAGGAGGCGUCUCAAAUCCUUCAGGUGAGAGACGGUGCGACGACCAAUCGACGCACCAUCCGCCAUGCCGCACCUGCCGCAUCCGCCCUCCAGAACGUGAGCUAGCGGGCUUGGAACUCGACGAGGGAGAAGAAGAGUCUGUGGAUCCGCAGGUGGAAGUUCGGAUGGAUCGACCGGAUCUGGGCAAGGCACGCUAG